CAGUGCUCAGCCGGGGCCUGCAGCUGUCACUGGCAUCUGUACCCGGGCAAGGACCAGGGCUGACCAGCGGCUCGUCCGUCCCCUCCACUGGCUUGGCAGAUGUGCCAGGGCGCCACUGGCAUUCCACUGCCCUGCCCUGGGACAGCAGCUGCGCGCUCUGGAGCCAGGGGAUUGGCCCCUUCUCCUGGGAACAGAUGGGGGUCAAGCACUGAUCGCACCGGAGCCCCCCUGCGACCGAGGGAGAUGUGCUGGGAAGUAACUGAGCCCGGCGCCAUGGCCCCCUGGCCCAUGGCCCUGCUGGUGCUGAGCCUGGCGGGGCUGGCGCAUUUGGAGAGUCGUGUGGAGGAGCCGGGGCAGAGCCGAGGGGGGCGGGCAGCCGAGCCCCCCGCCGGGGCCAAGUGCACCUACACGUUCAUCAUGCCGCAGCAGAAGUUCACGGGAGCCGUGUGCUGGAGCAGCGUGCGAGCCGCCCUCGAGCCGCCAGUGCCCAACGGCAGCGAGAUGCGGGCGCUGCAGGAGGUGCUGGGCCGGCAGCAGGCCGAGCUGCAGCGGCUGCGGGGGCUGGUGGAGGUGGACGGCGCCCUGGUGAGCGAGGUGAAGGCCCUGCGCAAGGACAGCCGCACCAUGAAUGCCCGCGUGGGCCAGCUCUAUGCCCAGCUGCUGCACGAGAUCCUGCAGCGGCGCCAGCGGCCCGGGCCGCUGGCCCAGCUCGAGGGGCGCGUGGCCAACGCCUCGGACCAGGCGCUGCAGCUGGCCGCUGGCUACCGCCAGCUGGAGCUGCGGUACGAGGCGCUGGCCGCCCUCGUCAACAACCAGAGCGUCCUCAUCGCACAGCUGGAGCGGCGGUGUCAGGGGGGCGCCGGGCCGCCCCCCCCGCAGCCCCCCCUGGUGCCAGUCGUGCCCCCCCGCCUGUCUGGCAUCGCCAACGAGAGCAGGGCGUAUUUCGACGCCGCUGCCCAGCUGCAGAUGGACCAGAUGGAGCUGGCGCCCCCCUCACUGCCCCCCAGGGCCCCGGGGCCCUGGCGUGACUGCCAGGCGGCGCGGCACAGCGGGCAUGAGGCCAGCGGGGUCUAUGAGGUGCAGCCGGCAGGCGCGGGCCAGUCCCUGCAGGUCUGGUGCGAGCAGGAGCUCGAGGGUGGGGGCUGGACUGUGAUCCAGCGGCGCCAGGAUGGCUCUGUCAGCUUCUUCACCACCUGGCACCACUACAAGCACGGCUUCGGGACGCUGGACGGCGAGCACUGGCUGGGACUGGAGAGCACCCGCCGGGUGACAGGGCAGGGCCCGGGGCCCUACGCGCUGCGGGUGCUGCUGGAGGACUGGGCGGGGCGCCAGGCAUAUGCCCACUACGACCGCUUCGCCCUGGAGCCCGAGAGCGACUCCUACCGGCUGCGGCUGGGCCGGUACCACGGCAGCGCUGGGGACUCGCUGGCCUGGCACGACGGCCGCCCCUUCAGCACCCUGGACCGGGACCACGACGCGUACAGCGGGAGCUGCGCCCACUACCACAAGGGCGGCUGGUGGUACAAUGCCUGCGCCCACUGCAACCUCAACGGGGUGUGGUACAAGGGCGGGCACUACCGCGGCCGCUACCAGGACGGCGUCUACUGGGCUGAGUUCCGCGGCGGCGCCUACUCCCUGCGCAAGGUGGUGAUGAUGGUCCGGCCUGUGCUGCCCGCCCCUGAUGCCUGA